UUUUUCACCUUGAUUCUGUUUCUAAUCAAAGUCAAGUGAAGCCAAAGUCACAUCCGGAUUUUACCGGGUUUAAGUCUCGGUCAGUCGGACAUUUUUUUGCGCAUGUCCAGCGCGGACACUCUGGACAUCGUACUCAAUUAGAGGACUUCCUGUCCUCCCCUCACCCCCCUCUUCUAGAUUAAAUCCAUUACACCACACUUACCGACUGCACACUUUGUCCUCCGGAAGGACGACGCGUGUUCUCUAAGUUAGGAUAGUUUGCUUGCUGAAAAUUACAUCUCAAGGCGCUGUAACUCUGGAGCCUUUGAUGGGUGGAGAUGAGCGCCACCAGCAGCACCAGACUGAACCCCAGUCCGAACUUACUGCAAGUGAACGAGCCCAAGCGCUAUGGCUCCACGCUGUCGCUGGAGGAAAAGUGUGAACAGUCUUUCUUCCUUUUUUACUACUACAGGAUGGAGGAUGAGGCGGUGCUGGACCGCGGGGCAUCCUUACUCAAGCACCUUUGUGAUGAAGAGGAAGUAGAAGGUCACCACACCAUUUACAUCGGCGUGCACGUGCCCAAGAGCUAUCGACGUCGGAGGCGUCACCGCCGGAAAACCGGCCACAAGGACAGAAAGGAGAAGUUGAUGGAGAAUGUCUUUGACAAGUCGGAGACAGAAAACAACGACGAGGCCAGCAACAGCAUCCUCAAACCUCUCAUCUCACCAGCAGCAGAGAGGAUUCGUUUCAUCCUAGGUGAGGACGACGAUGGCCCGGCACCCCCACAGCUCUUCACUGAGUUGGAUGAGCUCCUGUCGGUGGACGGACAGGAGAUGGAGUGGAAGGAGACGGCCAGUCCCACCACAACUCCCAGGAACCUGACAUCCACCAGCCUGAAUGACGUCUCUGACAAACCGGAGAAAGACCAGCUGAAGAACAAAUUCAUGAAGAAGUUGCCAAGAGACGCAGAAGCCUCCAACGUGCUGGUGGGGGAGGUGGACUUCCUGGACGCGCCCUUUGUGGCGUUUGUUCGUCUGCAGCAGGCCGUGAUGCUGGGAGCCCUGACGGAGGUUCCUGUUCCCACAAGAUUUUUAUUCAUCUUGCUUGGACCCAAAGGCAAAGCCAAGUCGUACCACGAGAUCGGCAGAGCGAUCGCUACACUGAUGUCGGAUGAGGUCUUUCAUGACAUUGCAUAUAAGGCCAAGGACAGACAAGAUUUGCUGGCUGGUAUUGACGAGUUUCUGGAUGAGGUGAUUGUGCUUCCUCCUGGAGAAUGGGACCCAGCCAUCAGGAUAGAGCCUCCAAAAUCCCUCCCCUCCUCUGACAAAAGGAAAAACAUGUAUGCAGGAGGCGACUCUCAGAUGAACGGAGACAUGCCUCACGAUGGAGGUCAUGGAGGAGGACAUGCUGUAGGCGAAGAGCUCAGGAAGACGGGAAAGUUUUGUGGGGGUCUCAAACUUGACAUCAAGAGAAAAGCGCCUUUCUUCGUCAGUGACUUCACCGAGGCGUUUCACAUUCAGGCCCUGUCGGCUAUUAUGUUUAUUUACCUGGGAACUGUAACGAACGCCAUCACCUUUGGUGGUCUGCUGGGAGACGCUACGGAGAACAUGCAGGGUGUGCUGGAGAGUUUUCUGGGCACAGCCAUUGCUGGUGGCGUUUUCUGUCUGCUGGGUGGUCAGCCUCUCAUCAUCCUCAGCAGCACUGGCCCCGUUUUGGUGUUUGAACGGCUGCUUUUCAACUUCAGCAGAGAUAAUGAGUUUGACUACUUGGAGUUCCGCCUGUGGAUCGGCCUGUGGUCGGCUUUCUUCUGCCUGCUGCUCGUGGCGACUGAUGCCAGCUACUUGGUCCAGUACUUCACCCGCUUCACUGAGGAGGGCUUCUCCUGUCUCAUCAGCUUCAUCUUUAUCUAUGAUGCCUUCAAGAAGAUGAUCAAAUUAGGUCAUCAUUAUCCAAUCAACCCUGACUUCAGAAUGGAAUAUGUCACGCAGUACGACUGCCUCUGCAUGGCUCCUACUGUCUUGGAAAACAGCACAGACAUCAUUGGCGAUCCUUUAGAAGGCACCUCAGACUGGUUCUGGAACAACACAGAUCUGCCACCGAAUGCCACGUGGUCGUCCCUCUCCAGGACCGAGUGUUUGAAGUAUAAUGGAGAGCUGGUGGGCAAAGCCUGCGACUUUGUCCCAGACAUCACCCUCAUGUCCUUCAUAUUGUUCUUUGGCACUUACACCUGCUCCAUGUGUCUAAAAAAGUUCAAGACAAGCCCCUUCUUCCCCACCACUGUGCGAAAACUCAUCAGUGACUUUGCCAUCAUCUUGGCCAUUCUUAUCUUCUGUGGAGUUGAUAUGCUCGUAGGAGUUGAUACGCCUAAACUUCUUGUGCCAAGUGAAUUCAAACCAACAAGUCCAAACCGAGGCUGGUUUGUGGCCCCAUUUGGAGGAAACCCCUGGUGGGUUUAUCUGGCGUCUGCUCUUCCUGCCCUUCUGGUCACCAUCCUGCUCUUUAUGGACCAACAGAUUACUGCUGUGAUUGUCAACAGGAAGGAGCACAAGCUAAAGAAAGGGGCAGGUUACCAUCUGGAUCUGUUUUGGGUGGCUGUUCUGCUAGCAAUUUGCUCCUUCAUGGGUCUGCCGUGGUACGUGGCCGCCACCGUCAUCUCCAUCGCUCACAUCGACAGUUUGAAGAUGGAGACUGAAACAUCGGCUCCCGGAGAGCAGCCAAAGUUCCUGGGUGUGAGAGAGCAGAGGGUCACGGGUGUGUGCGUGUUCAUCCUCACAGGGCUGUCUGUGUUUAUGGCUCCAGUUUUAAAGUUCAUCCCCAUGCCUGUGCUGUAUGGAGUCUUCUUGUACAUGGGGGUCGCUUCUCUCAAUGGAGUGCAGUUCAUGGAUCGUCUUAAGCUGCUUCUAAUGCCGGCGAAGCACCAGCCGGACCUGGUUUACCUGCGACACGUUCCUCUCCGGAAGGUCCACCUCUUCACUUUUAUGCAAAUCCUUUGCUUGGCUCUGCUCUGGAUCCUCAAGUCCACCGUGGCUGCCAUCGUCUUCCCUGUCAUGAUCCUCGCUCUGGUCGCUGUCAGAAAGGCGAUGGAUUACCUGUUCUCUCAGCAUGACCUCAGUUUCCUGGAUGAUGUCAUCCCAGAGAAGGACAAGAAGAAGAAAGAGGAUGAUAAGAAGAAAAAGAAGAAACGUGGCAGCAUAGACAGCGACGCUGACGACGAGACAAGUCCUCAUCAUUCCUUGAACGACACACAUCGUGCUGAGCAGCUUCGCUUCUACCAGGCCAACUACUUGUCCAGUCCUGAGAUGAGUCCGCUGAAGUCUGUGCCUCAGAUUAGAAUCGACAUGGACCCAGACGAUGAUAACACUUUCUACUGGAAGAGCAGAGGAUCCGAAACAUCUCUGUAGAUCUCCACCAACCUGCAGCACAACUUGCUUUUUACUGACCUUCGGUGAUUCUUUUAACUCCGAUCUCCUUCAUGACUUCAAGACUUUGUUGUGAAGAGCGGCACGCUUUAGAAAAGCAUUACGCUGCACGCUCUAUGGUCUUUCCUCACCACGUUUCUCUCACAGCUCCACAGCUAGUCUUUGCUUACAAAGGUAACCCCUGAAUAUUCUUCUAUGCAACUCCUCCUACGCAUCACCGACCGAGGCUGCAGCUCACUCUGACCACGCAUGGACCUGCUCUUUUUAUAUAAACAUAUACAAAUAUCAUCUGUCUGAGUUUUUAUAUAAACCGAAUUAUUCUAAUAACAUUUUCCUGUAGCAGGAAAAUCAUGUUUUUAUAGCUCUACCUCUUGUUUUAGAUUCAGUGCUUAUCAUGAAUGAUUGCAAUGUGUUGAUUUUUGAUGGGGUUUUGAUAUUUUCUCUCUGUCCUCUUGUAGAAAUG